AUGACCCUCCUGCUGCAACCCUUCUUUGCACUGCUUCGUUCCGCACCACUGCCACUCCGUGCUGUCGCUUACUCUAACGCCCCCACCACAGAUAGCACCGCCAGCAGCAGCAGCAGCGGCGGCGGCGGCGGCGGCGGCGGCGGCGGCGGCGGCGGCGGCGGCAGCGGCGGUGGCAGCAGCGAGCGUGGAACUGUAUUAGGAGCUGCUGGUGCAUGUGCUCACUUCGCCCUCACUCUCACCGUCGCUCUCCCCUUCCUCCUCGCUCUCCACCUCGCCCUCCUCCUCUCCUCCCUCUCAUCCUUCUCUGCAUCGCUCCUGGCAGCCCUCACCUGCUCGCCCCACCUGCCCUCCGCCCUCGCUGCUCUCGUGUUGCGAUGCGAGCCCAUGCGACUCAUGGUGCGAGCAGUGAUGGGCACCGUGGGAGUGGCAGCAGUCAAGCAGGCAUGGAGUAAUCCGUCCCUCUGCUCGCCAGCCAUUGUUGAUGGUUACACCAAGCCCCUGGCGUGUCGCAACUGGGACAGGGCGCUGAUAGAGUUCACAGUAGCAGCCACGCUCAACCCCAACACGGCCGCCAAGCUGCAUGCACUCAACCUCCCAGACAGGUAUGGGCCAGGAGCCACGCUGCUUUGUCGUCAGGAUGAUGUAGGGGGGUAG